AUGGAGAAUCCCUAUCUCGCUCACCUUCCUCCCAGCGAGCGACUCGUUGGCGGCGCUUCAGGAAAGAACCAACAUGGCCUUACCCCCAACCAUCCCUUAUACAACUUUGUCAUUGGCGCAACUACUGCCGAACAGGGCGAGGCUGCAGAGGAAGGUGCCACCAACCCAUUCACUGACAAGCCCUUCAGCGAAAAAUACCGCAAGAUUCUCGCCGGCCGUCGCAAGCUGCCAGUCAACAAACAUCGCAAGGAGUUUUUGGAUCUUGUGCAGAACAACCAGGUCGUUAUCUUGGUUGGAGAGACUGGAUCUGGAAAGACCACUCAGAUUCCCCAAUUCAUGGUAUUCGACGAUCUGCCAGCGUUCAAAGGCAAGAAGAUCGCAUGUACGCAGCCUCGUCGUCUUGCCGCCAUGUCUGUUGCACAGCGUGUCGCCGAGGAAAUGGAUGUAGUCAUGGGUCAGGAAGUCGGCUACAACAUUCGUUUUGAGGACUGCACAAGUGAAAAGACCAUGCUCCAAUAUAUGACCGACGGUAUGCUGCUGAGAGAGGCUAUGAACGAUCCAUUGUUGUCGCGCUACUCCGCUAUCAUUUUGGACGAGGCCCACGAUCGCACACUUUCGACCGAUAUUCUGAUGGGAUUGAUGAAGGAGAUCAUCAAGAAGAGACGAGAUCUGAAAGUUGUAGUCAUGUCUGCGACGCUUGAUGCUGGAAAAUUCCAGAAGUAUUUCGAUGACGCGCCAUUGAUGAGUGUUCCCGGUCGUACCUUCCCUGUCGAGAUUUACUACACACCUGAGCCCGAAAGCGAUUACCUGGAGGCUGCCAUCUUCACUGCUCUUCAGAUCCACCGCAACGACGAUGCCGGCGAUAUUUUGCUGUUCUUGACAGGAGAGGAGGAGAUUGAGGACGCGUGCCGGAAGAUCAAGCAAGAGGCAGAUCAGAUGCCUGAUGCUGGUCCUAUCAAGGUGUUGCCGCUGUAUUCGACAUUACCCCCACAGGCACAAAAAAGGAUCUAUGAUGAUGCGCCGCCACCAAAGACUCCUGGAGGACGGCCAGGACGCAAGGUCGUUGUUUCGACCAAUAUUGCUGAGACGUCCUUGACCAUCGACGGUAUCGUCUAUGUCAUUGAUCCCGGCUUCUCCAAGCAGAAGGUGUACAACCCUCGUAUUCGUGUCGAGUCCCUGUUGGUCUCGCCCAUUUCAAAGGCCUCGGCUCAGCAGCGCUCGGGUCGUGCUGGUCGUACGCGCCCUGGAAAGUGCUUCAGAUUGUACACUGAAAACGCCUUCAUGAAGGAGCUGAUCGAGACAACUUACCCAGAAAUUUUGAGGAGUAACUUGGGCACGGUUGUGUUGCAGCUCAAGAAGCUUGGAAUCGAUGACCUUGUCCACUUCGACUUCAUGGACCCUCCAGCUCCUGAGACCCUUAUGCGUGCAUUGGAGCUGCUGAACUACCUGGGCGCAUUGGAUGAUGACGGCAACCUGACCCCUCUUGGAAGCACAAUGGCUGACUUCCCUGUUGAUCCUCAGCUCGCCAAGAUGCUGAUUGUCAGUCCCCAAUAUGGAUGCUCUAACGAGAUCAUGACGAUCGUUUCUUUGUUAAAUGUUCCACUGGUCUUUAUGCGUCCUCCAGAGCAGCGCAAGCUGGCAGAUGAAGCUAAAAAACAGUUCUCGCACCCGGAUAGCGACCAUCUCACUCUUCUGAAUGUAUACCACGCAUACAAGACCGCAGGCGAAGAUCAAAAGUGGUGUUACGACAACUUUUGUAACUACCGUACUCUGAAGUCAGCCGACAAUGUCAGGACACAGCUCAAGCGAUACAUGGAGCGCUGCGAUCUGGACCUUGUCUCGCUCCCAUUUGUUGAGAAUGAGAGAGGUCCAUACUACACGGGCAUUCGCAAGGCCCUUGCAGCAGGAUACUUUAUGCAGGUUGCCCAUCAGGAAAGGUCAGGAAAGAACUAUUUGACGGUCAAGGACAACCAGGUCGUUCGCCUGCACCCCAGUUCGUGCUUGGACCAUGCGGCUGAAUGGGUGAUCUAUAAUGAAUUCGUGCUGACGAACCAGAACUAUAUCCGCACGGUAACGGAGGUCAAGGCGGAGUGGUUGCUGGACAUUGCACCGGCGUACUUUGACCUCGACAGUUUCCCGAACUGCGAGGGCAAGCGUGAGCUGGAGAAGCUGAUCAUGCGGAGGAAGAGCCGGGGUGGCAACCGUGAGCGUGAGCGUGAUUAUGAGCAGGACGACAGGAAGAAUCGCAAGAGCGACCGCAAUGACCGUGACCGAAAGGACAGCAAACGCAGAAGAUAA